AUGACCCACGUAUCAGAUAUUAAACUGAUAAGAACAGAUACUACACUUGAUCUUAGCCAAAAGGCCGAGAAAGGUAUGAAUUUUCCCGUCGAGACUCUGUUAUUUUUAUAG